CCAAACGCGAAACGUCAUCCAGUCGCUUCCGGGCUAGGAAUGCCAGCCCGACUGCCGCUAAAAUGUACCAUUUUAACCAAUUUUAUCCGGCUUUCAUAAAUUACUGCAAAUAUUGACUUGAGGCCAAUUGCACAGCGCUUUUAAACGACCUCAACAUAAUGCAGGAACUUAGCACUGAAGGUUAACAGUACCUGAAUCAAUCCGGCAGUGGCUCACGCGUAGCGGAUGAGGUCAGGUUGCCUCGCUCACAGAAAUCAAGCACAACCACUGAUCUUCCUCCAAGACGUCUCCUGGUCUUCCUCUUUUUUUUUUUCCCCCUCCCCAAUUUAUAUCUUUCCUCUAAAGAUGAAGCUGAAGGAGGACAUCAACCCCCUGCUCCUGCAGGUCUUUCGAUCUGUUGUCUGGGUCUACUCUGUGAUCACCUUCAUACCCUGGUACUUCCUUUCCGGGGCAGGCACCAAUUUAGAACGGGCCCGCCGCAUCAAAGCGCGUUCAAUUAGCGGCCACCCGGCGGGCCCGUACAGGGCCAUCAACAGCCAACGGGAGCUGGUGGCGUGGCUGCACCCCGGGGUUGACACGCUGGAUAAAGUGUUUGAAUAUGCAGCCAAAAGGUUUCCCCAGAGGGACUGUCUGGGGACCAGGGAAGUGCUGAGUGAGGAGGAUGAGCUCCAACCUAAUGGGAAGGUCUUUAAGAAGGUCAUUCUUGGAAACUACAACUGGCUGUCAUAUGAGGAGACUUACCAGGCAGCCAGGAUGUUCGGAAGCGGCCUGGCGUCCCUCGGCCAGAGACCUCGGUGCAACAUUGCCAUCUUCUGCGAGACCAGAGCCGAGUGGAUCGUGGCGGCUCAAGCCUGCUUCAUGUACAAUUUCCCACUCGUCACCCUGUACGCCACUCUGGGACCCAUGGCCAUCGCCCACGGUCUGAAUGAGACCGAGGUCACCCACAUCAUUACCAGUAACGACCUGCUGCAGAGUCGUCUCAAGGCGAUGUUGUGCGAUGUUCCGAGGCUGCAGUAUGUCAUCGUAGUCGACAAGAAGCCGCCGAGCUGGCAGGACAUCCCCAGAGGCGUCACCAUCCACAGCAUGGACGCCGUUAAAGAGAUGGGAUCCAGGCCUGAAAAUUUAGCGACUCACGGCAGACAGCCGCAGUCGUCGGACAUCGCCGUCAUCAUGUACACCAGCGGCUCCACGGGCAUCCCCAAGGGGGUCAUGAUCUCCCACGGCAACAUCAUCGCCGGCAUCACCGGGAUGGCAGAGCGAAUUCCCAACCUCAACGAAACGGACACCUACAUUGGCUACCUGCCGCUGGCCCACGUUUUAGAACUCAGCGCCGAGCUGGUGUGCGUCUCUCACGGCUGUCGCAUCGGCUAUUCCUCCCCGCAGACUCUCGCCGACCAGUCCACCAAAAUCAAAAAAGGCAGCAAAGGGGACACCAGCAUGUUGAGACCGACGCUCAUGGCCGCCGUACCGGAAAUAAUGGACCGCAUUUAUAAGAACGUGAUGACAAAGGUGGAGGGAAUGAGCAAAUUGCAAAAGACGCUCUUCGUGCUGGCGUACAACUACAAGAUGGAGCAGAUCUCCAAAGGCUACAGCACGCCUCUUUGUGACAGUUUGGUGUUCAAGCGUGUCCGGGCACUGCUGGGCGGCAACACACGGGUGCUACUCUCAGGCGGAGCCCCGCUGUCGGCCGCCACGCAGCGCUUCAUGAACAUCUGUCUGUGCUGCCCCGUGGGGCAGGGAUACGGCCUCACGGAGACCUGUGGAGCGGGCACCAUCAGUGAGGUUUGGGACUACAGCACCGGACGGGUGGGCGCACCGCUUGUAUGCUCAGAAUUUAUGCUCAAGGACUGGGAAGAGGGACGCUACUACAGUACGGACAAGCCCAACCCGCGCGGGGAAAUCUUGAUCGGCGGACCUAAUGUAACAAUGGGUUACUACAAAAAUGAAACCAAGAACCGCGAGGACUUUUUCGUGGACGGGAAUGGCCAGCGAUGGUUCUGCACUGGAGACAUUGGAGAGUUUCACCCCGACGGAUGUCUUAAGAUCAUCGAUCGCAAAAAGGACUUGGUGAAACUACAGGCCGGUGAGUACGUCUCUUUGGGAAAAGUGGAGGCCGUUCUGAAGAACUGCUCGCUAGUAGACAACAUCUGUGCCUAUGCCAACAGUGACCAGUCGUACGUGAUUAGCUUCGUGGUGCCAAACCAUAAACUGCUGAUGGCACUGGCGGAGCGGAUGAAGGUGCGGGGCUCGUGGGAAGAGAUCUGCAACAACCCCCAGAUAGAGAAGGAAGUGCUCCGCAUCCUGACUGAAGCUGCUCUCUCAUCAAAACUAGAGCGGUUCGAGAUCCCCAAAAAAGUGCGGCUGUGCUCGGAACCUUGGACACCAGAGACUGGCCUGGUCACAGACGCAUUCAAACUCAAGCGCAAAGAGCUCAAAACGCACUACCAAGAAGACAUUGCAAGGAUGUACGGAGGCAAAUAACACACGGCCACACACGCACGAGAGCAUGUACUAACACGAGAGGGUCCGAUGCCCCUGAAAAAACGACUUUGGGGGAGGGAGAGCGGGGGUGCCUUAUGAUUUCGAUAAAAACACGACAAGACAGACCCCUGGUAUUGAUUAAACACAUGGGAAGAAUCCACCUUCCACACAAACCAGUGACUCGCACUCCUGCCAAGCUCUCAGCGGUGCGUUUCGGCCUUGGUUG